AUAUGGACAUCCGCCAGACAAAGUUCCGUUCAAACCGCAAAGCCUUUCGAAGAAGGUUAUACUGUCAUAAACCGAGCGCUAAUGGCCGAACUUAAUCUUGGGGAGGUGGAUGGGCUGACCGUCGAAGAGAUUAAGGAAAAAUUUCCCGAGGAAUAUGAACUGCAACAACAAGACAUGUACCAUCAUCGAUAUCCUAUGGCAGAGUCGUAUCAGGAUCUAGCUGUUCGUCUUGAAUCCACAAUCCUGGAACUUGAGCAUGAAAAAAAUGAUGUACUAAUCAUUGCGCACGAGACGGUGUUGAAAUGUUUGUACGCAUACUUGUUCGAUCGUCCCGAAGAUGAGAUACCUAGAAUUGUUAUCCCGCGAAAUUAUUUAAUCGAAAUAAUCCCGUCGGCGUACGGCUGCCACGAGACACGAAUGGAAAUUGUUGAUACGUUCGACAAUCCUGCUCCAAUCCUAGCGGCUAACCUAACCUCAGCUUAA